UAUCAAUUAAGGAAAUCAACUUGAAAGUCAGAUUUUAAGAAAACAACUGUUUGGACAUGCCUUGUGUAAGACACAAAGUUCAGCAUACUAGAGCGAGUGUUGACCAAAAUGCAGGUAAUUAGAGCGAGGUACGUCGAAACAUUACCCAUACACAAUGCAUUAGCUAAAACAUAAAAGCCUACGCUAAUAAUAAUGGUCGUACGGAGGUACAGGCAGGCAAAUGGAGAUAGAGACUGGCCUUUGGUGUCCCUCUACCGUGCUUGUCGUGCCCGUGCUUGAUAUGCCCUGCGAUGGCCGUGCCGCCAUCGCAGUGCCCGUUGUUGUGCUCGUUAUUGUCAUGCCGCCAGCGCCUUCUUAUAUAUUCGUGUAUCGUCGUACAUACCGCUGUGUUCACAGUCGUUGCCACGCUGUCAUCGUCUAAUCAGCUAUUAAGGUCUUCGCCAGGUAAUCGUCGUCUCACGGUGCUGCUCUAAUAUAUCUUCGCACUACAGCCGGGUAUU